AUGACAAAGGACAAGGUCAGUCAGGAAAGUAGUCUGGCUGUCGUCAGCGUGACGGAAGGGAAAGCGUUCUAUGCACUGUUGUUCUAAACACUGAAGUAACUUUUUGGCAGCUUUGUGAAUGAGUUGCUGUCUUCAAAGUUCAAGGUGAUCUUUCCAUUCACAGGGGAGCUCUAACAGUACUGCAUUACCUGGCUGUUACCUGGCUCUGUCAGGUGUGCCUGUAUGAGAGCUUGGAGAUCAUGACCGGACAGUGGAGAGAUGACGGUGGUCCUCCUUGCCCGUGUUGUUGUGGCGGCGAGUGUGUUAAUGUAGGUUGUUAGUGUGUCAGUGUACCAGCCAGGCAUCCACAGUGUCAUUGCGUGAGUGAGUGGGAGGGAAACGGACACCAGUGACUGGUACAGUGGGAAACUGGAGUCCAAAAAGCUUCCUUUUGCUUUGAAGCAUACAGAUCUACCUCUUUACCUCCACUCUCCCUCCCUUCCAUCAUUCCUUAUCUCGCUCUUUUCCCCCCCUGCCUUUUGCCCUGUGUCCAACUUUGGCUUGGUGGCACCACUGCUCCUGUUACCCUAACAGGGUAUAAGAGGGGUCAACACGGACAGGGGCGGGGAGGGGGGAGGGACGGGUGGUUCAGCUGUUGGCUUUACACCCCCCACCACAUUUCCUUCCUGUUCCUUAGAGACAGGGAGUGGGCUGGUCUGUUGCUAUGGUGACACACUGAUUGGCAGCUGUAUUUGGUCAGCUAUAGAGGGGGGGUGGUGGGUUCCUCAUGGCCCAUGCAUGGUUAAUUGGUGCAAAUGAUUACUUCAGACACCCCUGUCUGUAUAUGUUUAACCCACUCCGAUUUGACACUUGCAUAAGUGAGGAUGAAUUCUACCCCAAGCAGUACACCUGUGUGUCUGUAUAGAUGGCUGUGUGCCCUUACCUACUAUAUUUUAUUAAUAUCCAGCCCCAUUAGAGACAACAUUUGUGUGAGUGCUUUGGCCGGUUGGGGGAGAGAGCGAGAGAGAGAGGGAGGGAAAUAUGUAACAGGCAGAGAGAAAUAGAGGAGGAAUAGGGAGGGAGAGAGCGGCAUUGUGGGAAGGGUUGCUGAUACAGCACAAGCUACCAGGUUUAUUUAUAGAGACCUCGCCGCCCAGCCCUUGGAUACUAGCAGCCAAUGAGCAGCCAGAGAGGAAGGGGGUGUCACACUCAGGAAGUUCUCAAUGUGUUCACUUCAGCAUUUAAAGGCACAGUGUGACAUUACUCAGUGCUCGGCAGAUAGCCCUCAUAACUAUCGUCAUUUCCCUCCCAACUGAGGCCAGGGCAGAACAAGGCCUCUCAUAACAACAGCAGUUUCCAUGCGUUAUGAGAAUUUUCUUCUGUUUUUUUUUGUAGACCGAUUUUCUACCGUUUUCUUUGCAAUUCUGAUCCAAGUGCAUCUACAGUCAUUACUGUAGCAUAAAACCACAACAUUGCAGGUGCAGCUGUCCUAUUUAGUUUGACCAUUUAAAGCUGUGUUGUAUUGUUAAACUCUCACAAUGCAUGGCCAAUGCUGAUGGAGAUUUAUUAAACAGUCUUUGCUGUAGAACAUUGUCAUAUUGAUCUGAAAGGCUGAUUAACUGUAACUCUGUAAGCUCUGGAUACAGGUCUGCGUGAGUGCAGUUACAUGCACACAAUAAUGCGAUUAUUGUGGAUAGUCAGAUUAAUAUAAUUGUUUGAUUAAAACGUUGACAUGCUUUGCAAGAAGAACGAUUUCCCUAAUAAUCCUGUUUACAUGGACACAUCUGAAAUCAGGCUACCUGAAAAUAAAUGUUGUACCACAGCGAGCAUAUUUGAUUCUGAGUUCGGACAUUGUAUUUGAAAAUGACUUCUAAGAUGCAUACAUUGUUGUUCCGAACACACUUCACUCGCGCUAAAGAGGGAGGCUCGCCCGGCUGGUGCUAGCACAUGCGCAGAUCAAAGACACCGCUGGAAUGUCGGUGUUUACAUGUCCGAAUAAUUUAAAAGAUUGCUCAGAAAACCAGUUGUUUUAAGAUGAACAGAGUAAGGUGUUUACAUGACUAUUGCAUAAUCUGCCUACUGCCAUAAUCCGUUUAAUAUUGAAUUAUUAGUGUGCAUGUAAAUGUACUGUGUGUGUGUGUGUUUCGAGUUUUAUUAGUCGUAUGUACAGGAUACACAUGGCAUACACUGUUCAACGAAGUGCUUACUUGCAGGUACCUUCUCGACAAUGCAACAACAAUGAUAAAUAUUAUAAAUAUGUUUGUGUCCAUGUGUUUCUCUUUUUCUCUGUAUUUGUGCCGAGAGAGAAAGCAGUUUGAGAUGAGUCACGUAUGUCAUGUUUCCUCCUUCCCUCUCAGCCCCCCUCCUGAUGCCAGUGUUGGGACUCCUCCUAUCACAGGAGUGAAUGCAUGCAGUCACUCUUCAGGAUUGAUGGUGCACAGACGUGCUGUUUUGCACUUUGUUUAAACUACGGCCAUUGAUCGGCGGGCUAUUUCAAGUUGUAAUGUGUCGUUGAUAAAUUUCACCCCCAUUACUCCUCACUUUAAAAGCCAGUGAUGAAAGCAUUGGCUGUGAAAUAUCUCAUCAAUUUCAUAUACCCCCUUUUCAUAUUCCUCUUUCUGCACUUUACCGGAGACAUGCAAUUAAUCUGUUGGUUCUGCAGGACACUAGCACAGUGGUCGAGGUUUUCAUCAGCAACUUAGGACAUUACACUGGAAGAUGUGUUGAAAGGGUUUGCACUAAAAGUAACCAAACCGUUGAACAGGACAUGUUGUUGGUACUGUUCAGUAGUGUAAAGUCAUUGGUGCACCAUGUCCUCUGUUUAAUCUUCCUCACAUCUGGAGGGAAGAACAGAGUUGGGAACGGACAGACUGUAUUAGUUAAGGGACAUCAUUUCCCUGUCAUUUGACAUUUUACCGGCAGCAUUUUAAUUUACCGGACAUUUGAGAAAUGUACUGGACCCAUAUGCAUUGGGUACAUAACCUGAUUAGGGCGUCCACCCACUGUGCUCAGAAUGACAGAAAUCACAUUUAGAUUAUGGUAAUUCAUAUUAACAGAACAUGCAAGUCGAGGAUGCAACGAUGUGCGGUCCAUCUUAAUGACUUCUGAUGCGCACUUUGAAGAUGCACAUUUACUUUUCCUCAGCUAACAAGAAGAGUAACGAACAGCAAAAUCACUAGCCUAUGUCAAUCUACUAUCCCCCAUAGUGGAAAAGUUUACCUAUUCUAUUGGUCAGCUUGUUGAGAAAGAAAUGGCCUAUUCCAAACUGACUCUGGGACAGUUGUGGGACGAUAGAUCCCAAAUUCAUCCAACCAGUAGGCCUAGGCUACAUGAAAAUGAGUCUGAUGCAACCGAUCAGAACGUUUAGCUUAAAAUGAUAAACUAUUAUUUCUUCACAUUAUAAGGGCAGCAAUGGGCACAAGGCAUUAGGCUACGCACAAAUGUUCAUUCUAUAAUGUAGUUAGUGGGAAAACACUUAUCUAAAGUGUACCGCACAUGCAAGUGGUUUCAUGUGACAGAGAUGGAAAUAUCUGUUAGAAAUUUAGAAAGAGGGAGAUCUAAUAUGCAACAACUAGCAUGGGUUGCUAAUAUGACUAGGAUUGUGCCUUUGGCUACUGGACAAUGAAAGAAAAGUUUAUUAUAAAAUAAUUGCCUCUAAUAUGGUCUGAUUUUGGCUAGGCUACUUUGAGGCAAGGUAAGACAUGCCUCAUAAUAUGUAGUAAAAAGUUCAGGUUUCAAACAAUUAAGUAUAUGUUUUCAAAAUGCGUACUGCCUCAUUGCAAAAUGGUGUGUGACACGCGGAUGAAGCCUGCUUUCUGUUUACUAUGCAUUUGCUGUUUGAGACGCUGUAGCAGCAGCUCUCGCGCUGUCUGACAGAUUUUCCACUAUGAUACAUAACGAAUAUACUGUAUAUGCGCCAAUUUAAUUCCACUAAAUUAUGCAAAUUAACCUAUAGACCGAUAAGCAUGACCAGUCAAAUGUAUUUCCAUCGACUGGUAUUUCCAUCAAUGAAUAGGCUAAAAAGCAUUAUUCUCCCAGACAAUUGACCGGCGGCAAUUUUAUUCAUCGGCUUUUCAAAAAAAUAUAUAUCGGCCAAAAGCCGUCUAUUAGCGGCUAACGGAAACCCUGGUCUGAACUUAAACUUUGAUUCAAACUUUAACUUAACAACCAGGAUGAACGUCUUGUCAUAAACCUUCUACCAUCCACAACUAGGUCAAAGCAUGGUCUGACCCCUUAUGUGUUUAAUGCCAGUGGAAGGAGUUUCCAGGCUGGUUUGCUGAGCCACUGGCGGAUGUUUUUUGUUUUUGUGCGAGCGACCAGCCCCUCUCUAGCUAAGUAAGUAAGUGAGUGAGUGAGGUCAAAAUUCUGCAGAGGCCAAGGUUUACCCAGGAGCCAGCGGUCCAAACUGCUGUGUCUUGGCUUUGGUGGAAAUCAGGCUUGAGCGUGCGGCGCUGUCACCACCACACCGGACUGCUCUUACCAAGCCUGCUGUGUUCCAGCCAUGCUUUUAGCUCGACUGCAGUUAAACUGCAGUCAAAGCAAAGUCUCAAGGCUGCCGAGAAUCUCAGUCCAGUUGAGCCUGGGAUUCUGACAGAAGAACAAGUCUGGUGGAACUUAAUGACAAAGCAAAGCAGCACACUAAACAGUGACUCAUCGUUUUUUUGUAGGAUGAUGCAACAGUGUUGUCAUACAGUGGUUUGUCCCAUUGAAGCCCAUCUUUGCUAGCUCCCUUGACAGAAUCAGAAGAUUUUAGUGCUCACAACAUUCAGCAACAAAAAUGAUUUGGUUAAGGUUCCAUCUUCUAUAUCUUGUGAGAAGCCACCUCUCCUCCUGUCUUUUCAUAUAAAAGCAGGAGUUGGCGAGAAAGAGUUCUGCUUGGAAAUGUCCUCCUGGUUUUGAGGUGUGACAAUAUGGUCUACUGACCUCCACAAAGGUCUCUUAUAUCUUUCUUGCCGUCACACACACACACACACACACACAGACACACCGGCCUUGUCAGGUUGACCUGCGCUAAUGCUGUUUAGGCUGAAACAGGACACCCUCUUGCAUAGAGAUAUUUCACUCCACCAUUAUUUCUGUGGUCUUUCUGGCAGGGAGCUAAAUGGCCUUGAGGAGUGGUACCCUACUAAGUACCCACCCCACCCUUUUGCUCUUCAUCUUUGAUAGGGUGUAUGUGUGUGACUUCAAGGAACAGCCAAGAAGGGUGUGAGAGCACGUGUGCUUUUCCUCUGCAGUGCAGUGCUCGUGCCCACACCCACGGCAGUGCAUGUAUGAUGCGUGAGGAAGCUUCAUGUCGAUGUGUUUUUUCUAAAAACCUCUCCCUCUCUCUCUCUCUCUCUCUCGUCCUUUCUUCCCCCUUUCCUCCAUCUCUCCGUCUAUCCUGCGAAGGUGGAAGCAGCUCAGGAUGCAAGCCCCCCUCCUCUACCCUCUGCCAGCCUGCCGCCUUGGGCUUCUCCCCCGCUGAGCCAACCAUGUCGAGCCAGCACAGCCACCCCUCCUUUAGCAACAUCCACUCCAUGGCUGAACAGCAGCAGGUACCUAGCGGCUAACGCCCUCACAGCGCACUCCUCUAAUGCUCUGUUUAGGAACAGACCUUACACUGAUGCUAUACACACACAACACACCCUGAUGCUAUACACACACACCUGACGGUGUACACACCUUAUACUGACGGUGUACACACCUUAUACUGACGCUGUACACACCUUAUACUGACGCUGUACACACCUUAUACUGACGCUGUACACACCUUAUACUGACGCUGUACACACCUUAUACUGACGCUGUACACACCUUAUACUGACGCUGUACACACCUUAUACUGACGCUGUACACACCUUAUACUGACGCUGUACACACCUUAUACUGAGGCUAUACACACCUUAUACUGAGGCUAUACACACCUUAUACUGAGGCUAUACACACCUUAUACUGAGGCUAUACACACCUUAUACUGAGGCUAUACACACCUUAUACUGAGGCUAUACACACCCACAACUCAUCACGUGCAAGUAGGUAUUAGCAUCACAUACUGGAUGGACAUAAUGAGAGGCUACCUACCUGUUGGAUUGUAAUAUACAUCCACAACCUCAAACACGUCAGCAUCACAUACUCUAUUGACAAACAGCUACAACCACCAUCACUGAUACUAUUCUGUGGCUAGGCAACAGUGUUGCGUGUAUACAUAGGUUAACUCAAACAUGCACAGUUAUGUCAUUGGAAAUUACUCCUUCCACUCGCAUUGAAUAGUGUCCUUUACAUACUUUAGUUCUAAUAACUGCUAGUUAGAACACUGCAGGGAUGUCUUGGCCAGUUUUGGGGCUCCCCUCACCACCUGUCACCUGUCCCCUCCAGGUGCUGUCUGAUGCGACCAUACUGCAGAGGAGGAUCCCCCCAAGUUUUCGAGAUCCCUCCAGCGCCCCGCUGAGAAAACUCUCUGUCGAUCUGAUCAAGACUUACAAGCACAUCAAUGAGGUGAGUGAAGUGUGUCUGUCAGCCAGGACUGCUGCAGGAGCCAUGAUCUCCAGGAAACAUCACCUCACAGCUGACCUGCUGGGAUCCGGCCCGGGAGGGUCCAAUCCGGCUCGCGGGUGGUUUGAGUAAAAUAAAAAUUUAUUUAUUUGUAUUUAUUUUAUACUAUACUAUUAUACUUUCAAAUGACUAAAACCGAAUCAAAAUUCUGUAGAAAUGAUAAUGGACCUACAUACAGUUUCUUGACUGUCCAUCUCGCUUAUAAUCACCGAAAUGAAAGCUAGCAAGUCAGGGAACAUCAGAAAUUCCCCAAAUGGAUGUAUAGAGGAUUUUUUUGUGUGAAUAUUGACGGUGAGGAAGUAUAACCAAUUUUCAGUGUGACCUCGUUGAAGACCGAAUGUGGCCUCCAGGGCAAAAUGAGUUUUACACCCCUGGUAUAAACAUUAGAUGUAGGGUUGCAAAAUUCUGUUUACUUUACCAAAUGUUCCUGGUUUUCCAGAAAUCCCGGUUGAGUUUUGCAACCCUAGGUAUAUGUAACUUCAUUAGCAUAAACGGAUGAACUAGUGAAGGAUAUCAGUUUUAUCAUUGGUUUGGUUCUCCGAGAUCUAUCCAAACAGUAGUAUGGGAAACAUCAAUGACUUACCCCUCUUUCUCUUUUCCCGCCCAUCCCUUCCUCUCUCCAUCUCCUCUCCUCCGUGUCCAGGUGUACUACACGAAGAAGAAGCGGCGUGCCCAGCAGGUGCCCCCGGAGGACUCGAGCACUAAGAAGGAGCGGAAGGUGUACAACGACGGCUACGAUGACGACAACUACGACUACAUCGUCAAGAACGGGGAGAAGUGGCUGGACCGCUACGAGAUAGACUCGCUCAUCGGCAAGGGUUCCUUCGGACAGGUCAGUGGACAUAGGGUAGAGGGGAGGGCAGGUCAGAGGAGAGAGGGGAGGACAGGUCGGUGGAGAGAGGGUAGAGGGGAGGACAGGUCAGUGGAGAGAGGGUAGAGGGGAGGACAGGUCGGUGGAGAGAGGGUAGAAGGGAGGACAGGUCGGUGGAGAGAGGGUAGAGGGGAGGAUAGGUCAGAGGAGAGAGGGGAGGACAGGUUGGUGGAGAGAGGGUAGAGGGGAGGACAGGUCAGUGGAGAGAGGGUAGAGGGGAGGACAGGUCGGUGGAGAGAGGGUAGAAGGGAGGACAGGUCGGUGGAGAGAGGGUAGAGGGGAGGAUAGGUCAGAGGAGAGAGGGGAGGACAGGUUGGUGGAGAGAGGGUAGAGGGGAGGACAGGUCAGAGGAGAGAGGGUAGAGGGGAGGACAGGUCAGUGGAGAGAGGGUAGAGGGGAGGACAAGGAGGAGAGAGGGGAGGAGGGAGGAAGAAGAGGAUGGAAUAAAUUUGAGGAGGACCACUUCCAAAGUUGAAGGUGUGAAGAGUUGCAUGUGGUGAAUGAAGUAUUUCUACAGACGUGAGGAGAAUGAAGGGGUCAUUGCUCUUGUGGGCCAGAGGAAAGAGGAGAGGGAUAAUGACUGUAUUUUGUUUGGUGAAGGAGCUUUGCCUUCGCCCCUACCACCUGCAAAUACUACAAACAACAUGGCUGCCUGUCUGAGCUGUGACCUUUGCCAUCCCGCAGGUGGUGAAAGCGUAUGACCACCACGAGCAGGAGUGGGUGGCCAUCAAAAUCAUCAAGAACAAGAAAGCCUUCCUGAACCAGGCCCAGAUAGAGCUGCGACUGCUGGAGCUCAUGAACAAACACGACACUGAGAUGAAGUACUACAUAGGUGAGGACGCGCACACACACACACUCUAUCAGUGCUUUAAGCUCGCACUUAAGAUCUAACACUAUUGCAUUGUAUACCAUCUACUAAAAUUAAUUGAUACUGUGCCUCUUUGACGUCACAUGCAACCCGCUCCACAUUUAACAUCUCACUUGAAAUAUAGACCAACGCCCUACUUCUCAUAUAUCCCUAUAAAAAAAGUAUUUAGUCAGCCACCAAUUGUGCAAGUUCUCCCACUUAAAAAGAUGAGAGAGGCCUGUAAUUUUAAUCAUAGGUACACAUCAACUAUGACAGACAAAUUGAGGGAAAAAAAUCCAGAAAAUCACAUUGUAGGAUUUUUAAUGAAUUUAUUUGCAAAUUAUGGUGGAAAAUAAGUAUUUGGUCACCUACAAACAAGCAAGAUUUCUGGCUCUCACAGACCUGUAACUUCUUCUUUAAGAGGCUCCUCUGUCCUCCACUCGUUACCUGUAUUAAUGGCACCUGUUUGAACUUGUUAUCAGUAUAAACGACACCUGUCCACAACCUCAAACAGUCACACUCCAAACUCCACUAUGGCCAAGACCAAAGAGCUGUCAAAGGACACCAGAAACAAAAUUGUAGACCUGCACCAGGCUGGGAAGACUGAAUCUGCAAUAGGUAAGCAGCUUGGUUUGAAGAAAUCAACUGUGGGAGCAAUUAUUAGGAAAUGGAAGACAUACAAGACCACUGAUAAUCUCCCUCGAUCUGGGGCUCCACGCAAGAUCUCACCCCGUGGGGUCAAAAUGAUCACAAGAACGGUGAGCAAAAAUCCCAGAACCACACGGGGGGACCUAGUGAAUGACCUGCAGAGAGCUGGGACCAAAGUAACAAAGCCUACCAUCAGUAACACACUACGCCGCCAGGGACUCAAAUCCUGCAGUGCGAGACGUGUCCCCCUGCUUAAGCCAGUACAUGUCCAGGCCCAUCUGAAGUUUGCUAGAGUGCAUUUGGAUGAUCCAGAAGAGGAUUGGGAGAAUGUCAUAUGGUCAGAUGAAACCAAAAUAUAACUUUUUGGUAAAAACUCAACUCGUCGUGUUUGGAGGACAAAGAAUGCUGAGUUGCAUCCAAAGAACACCAUACCUACUGUGAAGCAUGGGGGUGGAAACGUCAUGCUUUGGGGCUGUUUUUCUGCAAAGGGACCAGGACGACUGAUCCGUGUAAAGGAAAGAAUGAAUGGGGCCAAGUAUCGUGAGAUUUUGAGUGAAAACCUCCUUCCAUCAGCAAGGGCAUUGAAGAUGAAACGUGGCUGGGUCUUUCAGCAUGACAAUGAUCCCAAACACACCGCCCGGGCAAUGAAGGAGUGGCUUCGUAAGAAGCAUUUCAAGGUCCUGGAGUGGCCUAGCCAGUUUCCAGAUCUCAACCCCAUAGAAAAUCUUUGGAGGGAGUUGAAAGUCUGUGUUGCCCAGCGACAGCCCCAAAACAUCACUGCUCUAGAGGAGAUCUCCAUGGAGGAAUGGGCCAAAAUACCAGCAACAGUGUGUGAAAACCUUGUGAAGACUUACAGAAAACGUUUGACCUGUGUCAUUGCCAACAAAGGGUAUAUAACAAAGUAUUGAGAAACUUUUGUUAUUGACCAAAUACUUAUUUUCCACCAUAAUUUGCAAAUAAAUUCAUUAAAAAUCCUACAAUGUGAUUUUCUGGAUUUUUUCCCCUCAUUUUGUCUGUCAUAGUUGACGUGUACCUAUGAUGAAAAUUACAGGCCUCUCUCGUCUUUUUAAGUGGGAGAACUUGCACAAUUGGUGGCUGACUAAAUACUUUUUUCCCCCACUGUAAAUAUAAUGCUACAUACAUAUCAAUCCAGUAGCCUUGGUAAUGAUAAACCUGUCACAGAAUCACCUCUACCUCACUAAGCUCCUAUAGCACUGGGUGAGGUGAUUGACACACAAUAAUAGAUGGCAUUUAUAUGGCCGAGCUGUUUUUCCAUGUGGUCAAAGCACCUUGCUCUCCACUCUAAGGGCACACUGUCACUCUGGAAGUCCCCUCAACCACUACCCAGUAGAGUAGCGCAUGGAUAGGUACUGCGUUAAGUAUACCUACACCCCCCCCCCCUCCCUCUCCCCUGUCACUGAAGAGGCACUUCAUGUUCGGAACCACUUGUACGCUGGACCCAGGGUAGGGGAGGCAGGCUGGAGAGAAGUUAGAGGGGAGGACAGUCAGAGGAGAGCGGGUAGAGACAGGUCAAGGAGGGGUAGAGGGGAGGACAGGUCAGUGGAGAGAGGGUAGAGGGGAGGACAGGUCAGUGGAGAGAGGGUAGAGGGGAGGACAGGUCAGUGGGUAGAGGGUAGAGGGGAGGACAUGUCGGUGGAGAGAGGGUAGAGGGGAGGACAGGUCAGUGGAGAGAGGGUAGAGGGGAGGACAGGUCGUGGAGAGAGGGUAGAGGACAGGUCAGGGAGAGGGGUAGAGGGGAGGACAGGUCAUGGAGUGAGGGUAGAGGGGAGGACAGGUCAGUGGGUAGAGGGUGAGGAGGGUCGAGUGGAGAGAAGGUAGAGGCAAGGACAGGUCAGUGGAGAGAGGGAAAAGAGGGGGAGGACAGGUCAGUGGAGAGAGGGUAGAGGGGAGGGACAGGUCGGUGGAGAGCGGGUAAGAGGGGAGGAACAGGUCAGUGGAGAGAGGGUAGAAGGAGGACAGGGUCAGUGGGUAGAGGGGAGGACAGGUCAGUGGAGAGAGGGUAGAGGGGAGGACAGGUCAGUGGGUAGAGGGGAGGACAUGUCGGUGGAGAGAAGGUAGAGGCGAGGACAGGUCAGUGGAGAGAGGGUAGAGGGGAGGACAGGUCAGUGGAGAUAGGGUAGAGGGGAGGACAGGUCGGUGGGUAGAGGGGAGGACAGGUCAGGUCAGAGGAGAGGGGGUAGAGGGGAGGACAGGUCAGUGGAGAGAGGGUAGAGGGGAGGACAGGUCAGUGGAGAGAGGGUAGAGGGGAGGACAGGUCAGUGGAGAGAGGGUAGGGAGGGGAGGGACAGGUCAGUGGAGAGAGGGUUAGAGGGGAGGGGUUAGGGGGGGAAAGGACAGGUCAGGGGGAGAGAGGGGAGGCGGGAGGAAGAAGAGGAUGGAAGAAAUUUGAGGAGGACCACUUCCAAAGUUGAAGGUGUGAAGAGUUGCAUGGGGUGAAUGAAGUAUGUCUACAGACGUGAAGAGAACGAAGGGGUCAUUGCUCUUGUGGGCCAGAGGAAAGAGGAGAGGGAUAAUGACUGUAUUUUGUUUGGUGAAGGAGCUUUGCCUUCGCCCCUACCACCUGCAAAUACUACAAACAACAUGGCUGCCUGUCUGACCUGUGACCUUGGCCAUCCCGCAGGUGGUGAAAGCGUAUGACCACCACGAGCAGGAGUGGGUGGCCAUCAAAAUCAUCAAGAACAAGAAAGCCUUCCUGAACCAGGCCCAGAUAGAGCUGCGACUGCUGGAGCUCAUGAACAAACACGACACUGAGAUGAAGUACUACAUAGGUGAGGACGCGCGCACACACACACUCUAUCUGUGCUUUAAGCUCGCACUUAAGAUCUAACACUAUUGCAUUGUAUACCAUCUACUAUUCCAUGUGGUCAAAGCACCUUGCUCUCCACUCUAAGGGCACACUGUCACUCUGGAAGUCCCCUCAACCACUACCCAUGUAGAGUAGCGCACUCGGAUAGGUUACUGCAGUAUACAGUAUACCCUACUAACCUCCCCUCCCCCUCUUCCCUCCUCUCCCCCUUUAGUCCACCUGAAGAGGCACUUCAUGUUCCGGAACCACCUGUGCCUGGUGUUUGAGCUUCUCUCCUACAACCUGUACGACCUCCUGCGCAACACCAACUUCCGCGGCGUCUCUCUCAACCUGACCAGGAAGUUUGCCCAGCAGCUGUGCACGGCGCUGCUGUUCCUGGCCACGCCCGAGCUCAGCAUCAUCCACUGCGACCUCAAGCCCGAGAACAUCCUGCUGUGCAACCCCAAGCGCAGCGCCAUCAAGAUCGUGGACUUUGGCAGCUCAUGUCAACUAGGCCAGAGGGUGAGGAGACUAGCUGACUAACCAAGCACAGAGAUAUAGAGGACCCUAAUGAACCCAAUGUAUGUGCUGGGUGGGGGUCGGGAGGGGUGUUGAGGAGAGAACACCAUUGGGUUAGGAGAGAGGGAGAGGCAAGGGGAGGGAGGACUACGCCUUACCAAGCACAUCAAUAUACACAGUCCACUCCUGAAAUCAGUGCAUUGCAGUUCACCACUCCCAAUCCCAAUGGAUCCUUUGUGAAUUGUUCUGGGUAUCUGCAUGCUUCUGUCUAUUAUAUUUAUGAUAGACCUAAACCAUUGCAUACAUCAGCAGUCGACUGUGGUUUAUAUAGUAGGCCCUUAAUGCACACUAUAUCCCCUCUAGAUGCUGGGGGGGGGGGGGUGUUGUUGGGUAGAGAAGGAAAUUGGGGCAGGGAGGGAGGAGAGAGCUAUUGGGGGAUAGAGAGAGAGAGACGCAGGAGAAGGGAGGGAAUGGUAGAAGAGGUAGAAUUAAUAAGAGCCAGCUUUUUGUAAACCAGAUAAACGUUCAAUGUAUAUUAACCUUUUCUAAAACAUUGCUAUCAUUUGUGUGUUAAUGCCUCUGGAUAUCUCAGGAAGAGGGAGAAGAGAAGGGUGGGGUAGAUGGAUGGAUGGAUGGAUGGAUGGAUGGAUGAGGGAGAAAGCAGGAAUAGCCCACAGAUGAUGAUUCCCUGUCUCCAGUUUUAAAAGAGAAUGCGCUCUGUUUUCUGCGGACGGUAAAUAGACAUGGCGAGGGAAGCUAUGGAGGGAGGCCGUUGCCAGGUUGAAUAGGAACUGGCAUUCACAGCACGUCUUUGAGGACUCUUGGGAAGACGAGGAAAUGGGCCUCACUACAGUGCUCAAGUAUAGAAUCUCAGCGGCUCUGCUGCACCCAGUUUAGAUAUUUCUACUCAGCUUGGCCUGCCAUCCUGUGGACGAACGGUGUCAUGGCACCACCUCCUCCACAAGUGGGUGUGCUCUAAUUUAGAUUAGAAACGUUAUUAAAGGGCCACAGCUCUGUUCUGAUGUAACCAACAUACUGGAGCUAAUACCUCUCUCUUUUCUCAUCACAUUUUCUCCCCUCGUCCUUCCAUCUCUCUCUCUCUUUCUCUCAUUUUCUCUUCUUUGGUAAUAUAUUUUAUUUCUUUACCUACCUGUCCAUCCCUCCUCUGUCGUCUCCCCCCUUCUCCCUUCUCUCCCUCUUCACCUCUUUUCAUGUCUUCCCUCCGUCCUCUCCUCCUCUUCUCUACCACAGAUCUACCAGUACAUCCAGAGUCGGUUCUACAGAUCUCCGGAGGUGUUGCUGGGCAUGCCCUACGACCUGGCCAUCGACAUGUGGUCCCUGGGCUGCAUCCUAGUGGAGAUGCACACGGGAGAACCCCUCUUCAGCGGCUCCAACGAGGUAGGCUGUGAGAACACACAAACACACAGCAUUGGGUGUCAAUGCCAAACUUGCCCCUGACCUGUCCUGUUGUUUCUCUCUCUCUCCAGGUGGAUCAGAUGAAUAAGAUAGUGGAGGUGCUGGGGGUCCCUCCCAACCACAUGCUGGAUCAGGCUCCCAAAGCACGGAAGUACUUUGACAAGCUGUCUGACGGCCUGUGGACCGUCAAGAAGAACAAGGACAUAAAGAAGGUACUUUACCCCUCGGCCUCCGUGAGUAAAACUCUGCUCUUACUUAAUCUUCUCAUCUCCGAAACACAUCCCUCCUGCCACUCACAACGCAGUAGGUUCAAGUUCCCCUGUCAUCCCACAGAUCUUGGAUCAGAUUACCUUGCUCCUACUCCCAAACCUAAACUUAACUACUAGGGGGAUGGAAAAAUAUUUGACCCUAGUGUCAGUGGUUAGAGGCAACUUCUCUACUUACUCCUACUUGUAUUAACCAUUCACCCCUAGAGAGGGAAAGAGAGAUGUGGAGAAGUAAGGGAGGAGGGUUAGCUUGAUUUUGGAAAGUAGUUUGUGCAGAAGAGGUAUUUUCUCCCUUUUCUAAUUUCUAACCUAAACUCACACUCUUAGGAAUGAUAUCAGAGUCCUCAGCAUCUUCCUCUCCAAUCAUCAUCAUCAUCUAAUCCAUCAGAACCCCUGGUCAUAUAGCUUUCCCUAAUUGUUUAAAAAGGUCAUUGUUGUUACAUUAUUGUGUCUGUAUCAGAAGCAUUACAUAGCUACGCUAACCCUUUUAUGGGAUAGAGGGAUGAGAUGAAGGAGCAGUAAAAGCAGAUGAAAGGUGGAGCUUGAACAAAGGGAGAGGCCUGGAUUACGGUGGAGGUGAGAGAUAGAGGGGAGAAAGGUUUGGAUCAGAUGUUAAUUAACUCUGUCCAAAAGACAUUAGAGAUGGGGAUCAGCCAUCUCACCCCAGAGACAGGCACACCUGUGUGUGUGUGUGUGUGUGUGUGUGUGUGUGUGUGUGUGUGUGUGUGUGUGUGAGCACACGUGCACACCUAUGGGUCUUAGCAUGUAUUUUCACUAGACGAUUAGGGGUUAAGUGAAUUGCAGGAUAAGACAACUUAUUGUUAGUUUUAGGACUAGGAGCUGAUGGUCUUUAGACCGGAGACCAUGUAAGGAUACAUGUUGGAGGUCUCAUUCAUUCCAGCUUCUCAUCACUGGCUUGGUGUUAUGUAAAAAAGGAUAAAGUAGGCCUAAUAAGUGAAAGUUAUCCAUUCAUAAUAUGCAUUCUACUGACCAUCAACCAUUUCACCAUCAUAACAACAUGCAUGCUUGCAUGUGUGAAAUUCAACCAUAAUAAUAACUAAAAGUCACUAAAAACUGCCUCGAAGAAAAUGAGAACUCAACAGCGUUUCUCUGCACCUCCCCACAUCCAUAUUCUCCGUUCUCCCCCCUCUCCAUCUCCCUCUAUCCCCCUCUUCAGGAGUACAAGCCUCCUGCGACGCGGCGGCUCCAUGAGAUCCUGGGGGUGGAGACCGGGGGUCCUGGCGGGAGGCGGGGCGGGGAGCAGGGGCACGCUCCCUGCGACUACCUGAAGUUCAAGGACCUGAUCCUGCGCAUGCUGGACUACGACCCCAAGACGCGCAUCACGCCCUUCUACGCGCUGCAGCACAACUUCUUCAAGAAGACGACGGACGAGGGCACCAACACCAGCAGCUCCACCUCCACCAGCCCGGCCAUGGACCACAGCCACUCCACCUCCACCACCAGCUCCGUCUCCAGCUCCGGUACGGGACACAGCAGUUAGUAUACAGUAUACCUUUACCAUAAGCCACACUCACAGUCCACUGCAUGGGGAAACAUCUAGCGGAAAGCCACUGCAGAGGUCAAACCUCAAUAGAACAAACUCUAAACAUUGGCAGCCUGUUCGAUCCCAUAUUCCUACUGCAGUGUUUCCCCCCAGAUAAUUCCCCCUAUGUUUGUGAAAAACAGAGUCCUUAGAUUGAGAGCUAUUGAAAGCCCGUUGAAGCAAUGUUGGUUAGUACAGUACUGUAAAGGAUAUUGUCUGGGAGAUCCCUCCCACCUACAUAGUCUUCGGGGGAACACUGCAGUCUACUGCGUCAUAAUGAUGGUGGUUCAAUGUUACAUCUCAGCCAGCCCCUACAGCCCCUCUCUCUGCAACAGCUACACAGUCUCCAUAGAAACAAGCUCCUAGUCACUUCAGCCGCAGCUCAGUCCCUACAGCCUGCAGCACACCGUCACCAUAGCAACAGCUCAGCCUCAGCGGCCUCUCCUCUGCCACGGCUACAGCUCCCAUUCACCAUGGCAACAGAUAGUCACCUUAGCUACAGCACCAUGUUCAGCAGCUCAGCAAGGUUAUGUUCCCGGCAGUGAUGGACUCAGUAUGUUGAUGUAACAAACCUAUUGUGUAUUCUGACUGACCGAGUGUAUUUUCCCCGUCUCAUCCCCUACUCCCUCUCUCCAGGUGGAUCUAGCGGUUCUUCCAAUGACAACCGGAAUUACCGGUACAGUAACCGGUACUACAACAGUGCAGUUACACACUCAGACUACGAGAUGCAGAGUCCACAGGUGAGCGGAGGUUUAAAUCUGACCUCACUCUGAUGUCUCGGAUCUCAUCACAUGGAACAACAUGUUCUUCCUCUAUACCAGCUGGAACUGACAUUUAUACAGUGAGGGAAAAAAGUAUUUGAUCCCCUGCUGAUUUUGUACGUUUGCCCACUGACAAAGAAAUUAUCAGUCUAUAAUUUUAAUGGUAGGUUUAUUUGAACAGUGAGAGACAGAAUAACAACAAAAAAAUCCAGAAAAACGCAUGUCAAAAUUGAUUUGCAUUUUAAUGAGGAAAAUAAGUAUUUGACCCCCUCUCAAUCAGAAAGAUUUCUGGCUCCCAGGUGUCUUUUAUACAGGUAACGAGCUGAGAUUAGGAGCACACUCUUAAAGGGAGUGCUCCUAAUCUCAGUUUGUUACCUGUAUAAAAGACACCUGUCCACAGAAGCAAUCAAUCAAUCAGAUUCCAAACUCUCCACCAUGGCCAAGACCAAAGAGCUCUCCAAGGAUGUCAGGGACAAGAUUGUAGACCUACACAAGGCUGGAAUGGGCUACAAGACCAUCGCCAAGCAGCUUGGUGAGAAGGUGACAACAGUUGGAAUAAACACAAAAGAAGAGUUGAGUUGAUGCCAAAGAGCUCCAUUUUGGUCUCAUCUGACCACAACACUGGGGGACCUUGCGGGCGCUGCAGGAUUUCAGUCCUUCACGGCGUAGUGUGUUACCAAUUGUUUUCUUGGUGACUAUGGUCCCAGCUGCCUUGAGAUCAUUGACAAGAUCCUCCCGUGUAGUUCUGGGCUGAUUCCUCACCGUUCUCAUGAUCAUUGCAACUCCACGAGGUGAGAUCUUGCAUGGAGCCCCAGGCCGAGGGAGAUUGACAGUUAUUUUGUGUUUCUUCCAUUUGCGAAUAAUCGCACCAACUGUUGUCACCUUCUCACCAAGCUGCUUGGCGAUGGUCUUGUAGCCCAUUCCAGCCUUGUGUAGGUCUACAAUCUUGUCCCUGACAUCCUUGGAGAGCUCUUUGGUCUUGGCCAUGGUGGAGAGUUUGGAAUCUGAUUGAUUGAUUGCUUCUGUGGACAGGUGUCUUUUAUACAGGUAACAAGCUGAGAUUAGGAGCACUCCCUUUAAGAGUGUGCUCCUAAUCUCAGUUUGUUACCUGUAUAAAAGACACCUGGGAGCCAGAAAUCUUUCUGAUUGAGAGGGGGUCAAAUACUUAUUUCCCUCAUUCAAAUGCAAAUCAAUUUAUAACAUUUUUGACAUGCGUUUUUCUGGAUGUUUUUGUUGUUAUUCUGUCUCUCACUGUUCAAAUAAACCUACCAUUAAAAUUAUAGACUGAUCAUUUCUUUGUCAGUGGGCAAACGUACAAAAUCAGCAGGGGAUCAAAUACUUUUUUCCCUCACUGUAUGAUAUGCUGUAGAUACUGCAUUCUCUGUUUCUAACGAUGACCCAUCUUCCUCCUCAACCCCCACCUCCAAGGCUCCAUCUCAGCAGCAGCUGCGCCUCUGGCCGGGUGGAGAGGGGGGCAUGGGUCCCCUGUCCAACAGCGGCAGUAGCGUCGGCGACCCCCCAUACCCCCAGCUGCUGCUGCACAAGCCGGCGGCCACGCAGCACUCGCGCCACUUCCUGGGAGGUGGCGGCGUCGGGGGCAUGAUGGAACCGCACCACCCGCACCCCAUCUACGGCGGUCACCACGGCAAUGGGCGGGGCAUGCGGCAGACUGGGCAGGGGAACCAGCCCCAGGGCCAGGCUUCGCAGGGCCAGCCGCUGAUGCCCAUCUCCUCCCCACAGAUGCCGGACAGCAUCGAGCUCAGCCUCACACACCACCACCAUCUGGGUCAGUCUUCCAUCAUGCCGCCCCCAUCCAGCUUGGACUCCAGCCAGUACGGCUCCUCCAACCUCCACCUGGGCCUCUCUGCCUUUCGGACUAGGACGGUCACGGCCCCCCAGCCGCUCCCCGCCGGCUCCCAGCAACAGUUGGCCCAGCCCCCAGCCUCUCAGGACAGCUUGGUCGCUGCCUCCGGGCUUGGAUACAUCCCCCCAUGCUACCCGGGCAGUAACAACAAUAACAACCCUCCCCAGGGUAGCGUGGUCGGGGGUGGGAUGCUCACCGGGGGGCCCCCACCCAGGGGAGUAGGGGGCGGCGGGGGGAGGCCGGAUUCUGAGGAGUCCACCAUGAUGGGUGUGUGCGGCAGUGGAGGAGGCGGCGGUCAAAACGCGGCCAACUCUUGA